AUGCCCUUUUUUAAUAAACGUUUUCAAAAUGUCUUUGCAAAGGAUUCCAAACCUUUUUACUUUUCCAAAAAACUUGGAUCUCAACUGCCUGUCCAAGAAUCUCCAAAACUGGCAUUUGAGAAAUUGAAGACCGCCUUUGUGAAGAAAGUCAAAUCAUCACUAACUUCACAGCUCUCUGAAAAAGUUGAAUCAAAGUCGCCAUCCUCGUUAACCAAUAAUUUGUCAAUUGCCAAAAAUGCCGAAAGAUUUUUCCUCACUGAAGGUAUUAAAAUUUCCAUAAUUGACAGUGAGAGAAGAUUGUGGAAUAAAUAUGAUUCAGUCGAUAUUGUUAUGCUGCUGGAAGGCUCUAAUGCGAAGUUUAAAUCUAUCAGUCCAAAGAUUUUUCACUGGGUGAGACGGAUGUUAGGACUAUCAGACGCCUUGAUUUUACAAUCGUUUGGUAUCGAUGAAGACUCGGUUAUUAAGAUUGGUGAAUCAUUGUUUUCAUCUGCCGAUGGAAAAUAUUUGAUAUACAGCGUUACAAAAGAGCAUUUCGAAGACAUCAGAGAUAAAGCAGCCAAAAUGAAUACUCAUUAUGCAAAACCAUCUUUUUUGCUUCCUUAUCUUCAUCUCUUUAGUUUUGAAUUUGAAGGACAAGAAAGGUACUACACCAUGACCCCUGCUUUUGACAAGGAAACUAAUAUAGUCUACGGUUUGCAAAAUGAUUUAAAAGGUGUGAACAUGUUCACAGAGAGUUCCUCAAAUGCUAUAAACACUACUGACACCACUGCCUCCAAUCACCAGACCAACUCCAACUCCAAAAAGAACACAAAAAACACAAAAAACACAAAAAACACAAAAAACACAAAAAACACAAAAAACACAAAAAACACAAAGCAUACAGAGAACACAGAGAACACAGAGAACACUAGUUUUGCGGCUUAUUUCUCCUCCUCGUCAAAACGACAGUCAUACUACAUUGAUGAAAGUAGCUCCACAGGUAAUGUCCGUUUCCCGAUGCUUGCCAAGGAGAGGAAGGACAUUCUUUCGAAGCUUGCACGCGAUAUAGCCUAUCUCACAAAGCAAAACAAGAUUGGCUACAAGCUUCUUGUCGGAGUAGGGCCCAAAGUGGCUCGUCGGCCAAGAAUCCAAGUCUGGAUUGUCGACUACCACAAGUCGUACGUCAAAGAGGGGGGAAGUAAAAAGUUCUUCAGGUUUGGCAAAACAAAAGUAAAGACACCAGAAGAGUAUGCUAUAUGGUUGCUUGAAACUUUUAAUCAACACAUUGAGGUUGUUGAGGGGGGUAUCAACAAGGCACAGCGGGAUCAUAGAAUCACAGGUUGA